AUGGCUGGAAAGGACGUCGUUGUGACUGGCGCGACCGGCCUCCUGGGACGCCAGGUCGCUAGAGCUUUCGACCGCAAAAGCUGGAAUGUCAAGGGCACGGGAUACUCUCGCGCAGACAACGUGUCGGUGUUCAAGGUCGAUCUGGGAAGCCCUGCCGGAGUUGAGAAGUUUCUCGAGGAGUCCAAGCCUCGAGUAGUUGUGCACUGUGCGGCUCAGCGAUAUCCUGACAAGGUGGACAGCGACCCCGACGCCGCCAGAGCACUCAAUGUUGCCGCCACCAAGUCACUCGCCAGCCUUUGUGCUGCUCGGGGCAUCUUCCUCAUCUACAUUUCCACCGACUACGUCUUCUCUGGAAAGCCUGGAGAGGCCCCCUACGAGAAUGACGCCCAGACUGGCCCUACGAACUUGUACGGCCAGACCAAGCUGGAUGGAGAGCAUGCUAUGCUAGAGGAGUACAAGCAGGCCGGCCGCGAAGGUCUCGGUGUCGUCCUGCGCGUACCGGUCCUAUACGGUCAGGCAGAAACGCCUGCCGAGAGUGCCACCAACAUCCUCUUGGACACUCUGUGGAAGACGCAGGACGGGCAGUCAAAGGUGAAGAUGGACCACUGGGCCAUCCGAUACCCCACCAACACUGAAGAUGUUGGUCGCGUGUGCCAUGAUAUUGCUAUCAAGUACACGGAGGCCGACGACCGUAGCUCGUUCCCCAAGAUCCUCCAGUUCUCCAGCGAGGACAGAAUGACCAAGUACGAGAUCUGCCAGACGUUUGCCGAGAUCAUGGACUUGUCGAUGGACGGCAUCAUUGCGAACACGGAGGGCAACGACCCCAAUGCUAGUGUGCAGCGUCCGUACGACUGCCACCUUAGCACCAAAGCGCUCAAGGACCUAGGCAUCGACGUAUCGACAAGCGACUUUAUUGGAUGGAACCUGCGGGAGCACAAGAGCGUGCUGGACUUUGGCCGAGACUGGAGGGACUGGGACGUGGACAUUUUUCAGGAUGACGACACUGUGUCGAGUGCCACGACGGAAACGGGCACCGCGACAAGCAUUGGCAUUUGUAUCGGGAUCGCCGUCGAUGAUGAGCAGCAGACGACAGAACAGCAGCAACUGGCGACGGCAGCGGCACGAACACCAGCGAGGAAUACGCCGCAGCAGCAGCAGCGCGGCCAGACGACGCCCUCUUCCGCGGCAAGACGGCGGACGGCACCGGCACUCACGCUCCAACCACCGCCGCAGACCCCGCUGCAGUUGUCGCGCCCACAGUCGCAUUGGCAGUGGCCCGAUGUUGGUGUUGGUGUUGGUUUUGGUGCAUUUGAAGACGACGACGACGACGACGGGGCAUCCCCCUCCUUUCUCGGACGCGGCACCGCCAGCUGCUACUAUGCUUCGAGGUCUAACCUGAACGAUUACCACCCGUAUUCUUCUAGCACGGAAGCAGCAGAAGCAAGCGUCACAGCGCCGCCGUGUCCCGAGUCUCCUGUGCGGUUCAGCUACCCCAACAGACGGCGGCCAAAAACAGCCCCCAAUGCGGCCGAGAGCCCCUUGCAGGGGGCGGCACCGUCACCCCUUCUCCAAGCACUCGCUCUCGGCCAGGUACCUGGUGCUGCUUUGCCUUUAGGAGAAGGACCAUCGCCUGCAGGAUCAGCAGCAGCAGCACCACCACCAACUGCACCACCGCCGAAUGUACCACCGCCUCCUCCUCCGAAUUUCCUGCCGCCUCCUCUUCCGUUAACCGCAAGGGCAGCACGCGACUCUCUGCCGCCUCCUUUACCCCAGCUGAGGCCUCGCUCACACAACCCGAUCCUCGUUUCCAACUCCUCGUCAUGCGCCGACCUCAAGCUCUCUGCACGAGCUGACCACGCCCGCUCCCAAAUCAUCACCAAACUCAACCUCCACCCCGUACCCAGCAGAGAACAGCUCAGAGACGCAGAGUGGGAGAAGCACCGCCAGCAGCAACAGCAGCUCCAACAGCAGAUUGAACAGGAGGAGGAAAACGAUCGCCGGCGCAAGGACCAGGAACAGGAGGAGGCCACCCGCUGGGCCGAAGAAGUCGCCCGUCUCGAAGCAGAGACUGAUCGCAUCUUGGCAGAACAGAAGAGGAAGGAUCUCGCAAGACUUCAGGCUCAAUUAGCCGCUGUUCCCGACCCCCCGCCCCGACGAUCCCCCAUCGUCAACAAGUUCGCCUUCUUUCUUAGAAAAAGUCGCAAGUCCGACUCUGCUACGCUCACAAAGUCCCCUCCCACAUACUUUCAGCCACUUUCGCUCGAUUGCCGGCCAGUCAGCGUCAUGGAUCCCACACGCUUCAUUCAGGCCGGUGGAGGCGGCAUCGUCCCCCAGACCGAUGCCCCCAUCACAGCCAGCAAUGCCGGCGAACGUCGAGUGACAAUUCGAUGCAUGCAGUCGUCCAUCAGCCUGCCCGUCACCCCCGAGACGACUCCCAUGGAAAUCUUAUAUUCGGCCGCCAACCUCAUGACCCAGAACAUCAACCCGCAAACCAGCAUUGUCAUGGAGUGCUACUUCGCUUUUGGCCUGGAGCGUCGGCUUAGGCGAUAUGAGAGGGUGAGAGAUGUCUUGAACUCAUGGGACCGUGACAGCCAGCAUUGCCUUCUCAUCAUCCCUGGAGACUCUGUCGACAAGAACCCCGAUCUAAACGUCGAGGUCGUGCCCCGCACUAUCGACCCCCCGGCCGGUCUGAUCAACUUUUUGAUGUACCACUCUUCGCGACCCGGGAAAUGGAAUAAACGGUACAUCACUCUCAAAGAGGAUGGGCAGGUGUUUUCCGCCAAGAAGAAGGACGCCAAGGUCUCGGACAAGGAUUCGCUUUCACUGUGUCAUCUUUCGGAUUUUGACCUCUACUCAGUCACAGAGAAGGACAUGUUGAAGCAAAUCAGAGCACCCAAGAAGAACACAUUUGCCGUCAAGAGUCAGCAAAAGUCCAGCGUUUUCCAAAACACCGAAAACUUUAUCCACUUCUUCUCGACCGAUGACGCUAGACUCGCUGAGGACUUUAAGAGAGUCCUGCACUCAUGGCGCAGUUGGUAUCUGGUCAACAAGAAGGUUGAUUUGAGCAAGCCAAAGAAGACAUCGCGCAGCCCGAACGAGAAGCCCUCGAGUGGUCUCGCCAGAAGCGGGACCCUGCACCGACUCAAAGUAUCGGUAGACGAGACUCCAUACACGAUUGGAACAUUCUCUCCGCUCCUGGAUAUGGAAAAGCUCGAAAAGUCCAUUGACGAUAUUGGCAGGGAGCCUGAGAAGCACUCGAUGCAGCCGGCAGAGCAGCUCUCUGUUCCGAAGCAGCAAAAGGUCGUCUCUCGUUCAAGGACCACGCCCAACCUUGCUUCUCCGAUGCCGAAGAAGCAUAUCGAUCCAUUUGCCAGGGACCAGGAAUUCAGGAACAGUGGCUUGCUGGGGCGCGCGUAUGAAGGACGAAAGCAGCAGGCUGAGAAGAACGCGGCAGCUGCAGCUCACGAAGAUCUCUCGCCCGACAGCCCUUUUACUGGAGGGCUGCUCACCAACUACCCAGAGCCUGAGAUGCAGACGUCCGGGCAGCUGAGCGGGAUGCCCGCGAGAAGAGGUACGGUGCGCACAUCCCGGUCGGCCGUGGAACCCAUGGCCCAACCCCGAAGCCGGUCCCGCCCUCCCGUCGCUCGUCCAACUACGUCAGCACGCCCGACAACAUCGGACGGACCGUCCCAGAGGAAGCCAGGGAUGCCUCAGCCUCUGGUCGACCUAACACCCAAGGUCCCAGACUUGCCUGCCGCUUGGCGUGAGGGUCACGGCCGUGGAAUUAAGGCGCCAACAGGCACGCCUUUGAUUCAGAUGGCUACGGGCUGGGAAAACUCGCCGGAUACCACAAUGGCACCGCAACUGCCAACCGUAACUCGCAUGGGUACGACCAAGGCGUACCCGCCUCAGCGCAUGGCUUCGCAGUCGGCGGCCUCAAGACCAAGGAGUCGCUCGACGGCUGGUGGCGCACCCGUCCGCCGAGUCGUGUCCAACGAGCAACCACCCAUACCGUCGAUGCCGAGACGGACUUCGCGACAAAAUGACGAGGACGUGCCGCUGAUCAAUUUCGUCGAGCGCGAGCGAGGUCGCGACGCGAGACCCCGCGCCUCGCAGGGCCUUGGUCGGAGUGGCACUGUCAGACAUUGA